AUGACGCAGCCGCACUCGCCGCGCGACCGCCCUGCAGUCCCGUGGGGCGGCGACGCGCAAAGCGCGAUGGACGAAACGGCCCUCACGCAAGCGUUCUUGUACCGGCGGCGCAGGAUGGAGGCGGCCUCGCGGCUCACGGGGGAAAUGCUGGCGCAGGUCCGGGCCAUCGCCGACGCCGGCGGAAGCCCGUCUUAUAUGAUGCUGCUGGACGAUGCCCCAUCGCCCACCGACGACGCGCCGCGUUCACCGGAAAAAGCCGGCGCUGGCGCAACGCCCGGCGGGGAUCGGGCGGCGCUGUCUGACGAAGCUACGAUGACGCACCCGACGGAGGUGCUUCUUCACGACGAGAUCAAUCGGAAGGUGCAAAAAAUGCGGGACAUGCGAAUAGAACAGCGGAGCGCGGCGGAGAUGCAGCUCAAGCCCAACUUUCAGUUGGUUGAGCCUUCACUGGAGAUGCCCGUUCCGCCGGCCGCAUUUACCUCCACCUCUCUUGUCUUUGCAUUGGAAGCGCUGUCCACGAGUGUCUCCAAGCUUGUGGCCGCAACGGAUAGGAUUCUAGUGCAGCUCUCCCUCUUGGACAAGACGACUCAACCGUCUAUAUUCAAGGAUAUGAACAUACUUGUAGUGCACUCACAGCACGCAUGGCGCUGCUACGCGGCGGUGCGGCAACAUCUGAAGCAGUAUGAGGUGUGUGCGAAGGCACUGCAGGAUGCCACAUUGCAGGAGCUGAGCAGUAUGCGCGAGCAAUUCUUGGUUCGCAAAGAGAUGCUGACGGCGCAGGAGCAAAAGCAAAAGGUUUCUGAGGAGCAUCUCAGAGCGCUGCGACUUCGGUUAAACAACCUUCAUGCACGGUGCCGAAUGUGGUCGGGGGUUCUACUGGACGAAGCCCCGCCGCUGCCGCUCUUUGUCUCGCCGCCGAACUCACCUAGGCGCGUUUCGCUUUCGCGCGAGCGCGACUCAAUUUCGUUUAUGCGAUCCGCCACAAACAGGCGUCCGAGCGCCACGCUGCGUCUGAGCGUCGUUGGCGGGGCUUCACUGCGACGAAAGUCCAGCGUCCGUGUUUACACCCCCCUGUUGUCGCAGAACUUGGACUCCUCCUACUCCUCCACCUCGACAGCCGAGGAGUUUGACGGCCGCGUGGACGCCAUGGAGGUCAAGGUCGCCCGAUUUUGGCGCAACCCGUACGUUGUCAAGGCGCAGCAGUGCGUGAAGCGGAGGUGGCGACAGCGGCACCAGCAGCGGGAGCGCAACGCGACGUUGAUUGAGGUCAUGGGCCUUCCUGUGCUUUCGCGGAAUGAGUCGCUGCAGCGCGCUGGGUCCUCGAUGCGCCUUGCAAGUGACAUGCACCGCCCGUCGCGGGUGGAUACUGCGUACAAGGGGGGCUACGCCGCGGAAGCGACGGAGAAGGCGACGGCGGAGUCUCGCCUCAUGUCCCUGCUAAGAGGCUUGCUGAGGCUGGCACCAAGCGUGAACAAGCAGACUACGACAACCGCAUCGUCUUCGAAAACAGAAAGUGUGGAAAGCGUUGAGGCAACGGAGUUGGAGGACGACGUCGGUGGCGGGGCGGAGCAGACAAGCUCAACUCCGGACGCCGCCGCCUUGGCGGCCACGGGCGCGACGGUUGGCGCGGCGGAUGCCAUGUCGGAGAGCGCAAGGAACCUUUUGAAGUUUCUCGAAGGUUCCCUUGGAACCACGAUGUGA